AUGCUCCGCGUUUCGCCGCGCGAUUCGCACUAUGCGGUCCAGACGACGCCAUACCAGUCUCUGGUGCUGCAGACAGGAGGCCACGAGCUCGCAAACUGGGAAAAGGGCAUUGAACUUGGGCGCGUGACGUCCUACUUCUUGGGUUCGGUGCUCUUCCUCGUCGGCUCCAUCUACUUCUACCCCGAGUUUGCAGUCAUGUGGAACGGUAAGGCCGGUCUAUUUGCCAGCUGGUGCUUCGUAAUCGGUUGCAUCAUGUUCUUCGUGGGCGCCAAUCUCGACUAUGUCCAGGUCAUCCGCUACGACCACGGCUCGCAAUUGCGUCAGGUCUUGCGUGCGUACAGUGCACUGGGCAACUACAUGGCGUCCUGCAUCUUUAUCCUCGGCGCGCUCUACUUCCUCCCCACUUGGUACUUAAAGGCCCCGGAGCUCGGCAGCUGGUCGUUCAUCGUCGGCUGCAUCCUCUUCUGCAUCACUGCCGUCGUUGAGCUGUUGUUUGUCUGCAUGACGCACGAAGACAUGCGGAUGACUGGGUUCAAGCUCAAGAACGUCUGGUGCUAUACGGCUGUCAUGGCCGUCGCCACGUUCCUCGGCGCGCUCUUCUUCAUUCUUGGCAGCUGGUACUACCUGCCUCGCUACAUCAACCGCAUCGACGACGGAGUGCACUAUAUGAACAGAGCAAUCACGUUCUACGUCAUUGGGAGCGUCUGCUUUGUCAUUAGCGCUCUCGCGCUCAUACCGGACGUCUACCGGACGCUCAGAGUGCACACAGCGCCACAUGACGCAGAGAAUAAGGUCUGA